AUGGCCGUUCCAAAAGCAGGCGUCUGGUGUCCAGCAGUGACUUUCUACGACCCCAAAACCGGCCACGUAGACCUGGCCGCCCAGAAGCAAUUUUUCUCCUACCUCUCCACAACCGGGCUGGCAGGCCUCGUAAUCCUAGGAUCAAACGCUGAAGCCUUCCUCCUGACACGCGAUGAGAAACUGUCCCUGAUGAAAGCCGCCCGGGAGGCCGUUGGUCCCGACUACCCGCUGAUGAUGGGCGUUUCGGGGUUCUCCGUCGCGCAGGUGCUGGAGAACAUCGAGGAUGCGAAGAGCUGUGGAGCGAACUUUGGUCUGCUCCUCCCGGCUGCGUACUACGGGCCUGCGACGUCGAAAGAGGUGGUUCUGAAUUUCUACAAUGAGGUCGCGCAGAAGAGUGAUCUGCCGAUUGUCAUAUACAACUUCCCCGGUGUGUGCAACGGUGUGGAUCUCGAUUCCCCUACCAUCGCCGAGCUCGCGAAACGUAACCCUGGCAAGAUCGUUGGUGUGAAGUUGACGUGUGGGAGUGUAGCCAAGAUCACCAGACUUGCUGCCGAACUUCCAUCCGACACAUUUGCUACGUUUGCGGGACAAGCGGAUUUCCUGGUCGGUGGGCUCGCAGUCGGGAGUGCGGGAUGUGUGUCUGCAUUCUCGAAUAUCUUCCCCAAGACGAUCUCCAAGGUCUACGAUCUAUACACGAGCGGGAAGAAACAGGAGGCACUCCACUUGCACCAGAAGGCGGCGCUCGCGGAGAGCCCAGCCAAAGCCGGUAUCGCCGUGGUCAAGUACGGCGUUUCGCAGUACAGCGCCGUUGCGGCUGGGAUUGAGGAUGCAGAGCAGAAGCUGAAGCCCCGGAGCCCGUAUCUACCUGUGGGCGAGGCGGUGCAAAUAAGUGUGAGGAAGGGUAUGGAUGGGUUGUCGGAGAUUGAGAAAGCAAUCGCGUAG